AUGGAUGACUGCCAUGUAAGAAGAAAUGGAAGCACUACGCAGAACAAGAUGUGGGAGCUUGUCCCACUUCCGGACAGAAGGAAAGCAAUUGAUAACAAAUGGGUUUACAAAAUAAAGUGUGACAAUCGCAACCAGAUAGAACGUUAUCGUGCAAGACUUGUGGUGAAGGAAUUUUCUCGGAAAGAAGAGCAACUAGAUGUAAGACUACAUUUUUUCAUGGUGAAUUUGAAGAAGAAAUAUAUAUGCUCCAACCAAGUAGGCACCGAGAAGGCUUUGAAGAAUCGGGAAAAGAAAACUUAG